CAGCACCAUCACCACCAGGCAGGUAACAUUGAGCCCGACGAAGCUGCAGCCAAUUAUUCACUGCGGCUGAUUUGUUGGGCAUCGUGUUUGCUUUUUGGCUUUUCCAAGGCGUUGUGUAAAGUUGCCUGCCCCUCUCAUUAAGCCCACGUUGUGGAUAGAGAGCGUCUUUAUUAAAUUCUAUAAGCACCGUUUACUUUCGGUGUCGUGAUCAGAAAGCCCCUCCUCCCUCUCCCGACCAGCCCAUUGUUCUUUUUUAGCCCUUAGCUUCUUUAGUCUGUUUCGCCCUUGUAAUUAGUUUACUGCCAAAAAGGGAUUUUUCCCCCUUUCUUCUUCGCCACGUUUCUCUCUGUACAUAAACAGCAACUCUUGCUCUCCUAGUUUUCAACUAUACUCUGAAGGAAGAAAGACCGAAAGGGCAAAAGCUGCGAGGCAGCGUUGCGGUCGGGAUGGACGUGACGAAGCGUAAGAGAAGCAACACUUCGGCCAGUUCAAAGAGCCCUGUGACGACACAAAUUAAAAAAAUCCGACAGGGUGAACAUAGUGACAGAAGCGAUGACUCUGGUGAUGACUCUGAUGCCAGGUCCGCAAUGGAGAACUUGGAAGGGUGUGUUGCAGACGCGCAGGAUGCCUGGGAGACAGACUCACUGCUGGAAGAUGCGUUGCAGCAGCAGCAGACAGACGAUGGUGUAGGAACCAAAGACUUCAUCCCUUGCACGCCCGAGGAAUCGCUCAGGCUGCGACGAGAUCUCCAGAGACUCGGCCCGGCCAUGUUCUGCCAAAGGACGGUAGACUCGGGCCGGUACACUGCAAAGAAGCUCAUCACAGCGUUUGGUGUCAGCCCACCCGCGUUUCUCGAGGGCGAGCCAGACUAUGCGUAUUAUAGCGUGCUAUCGCUGGUCAUGACGCGUGAGCUGGCCAAGCGCGCCAAACUGAUGCAGUACAACACUGUCGACGACGCCGUUGACCUCAUUGCAAAAUCCAAAAACAUCAUGGUUGUCACUGGCGCCGGUAUCUCUACGUCCCUCGGUAUCCCUGACUUUCGAUCAAAGGGUACAGGUUUGUACUCGCGCCUGGAGCAUCUCGGCCUCUCAGACCCCCAGGAGGUCUUUGACAUUAGCAUGUUCCGCGAGGACCCGUCCAUCUUUUACUCGAUAGCGAAGGACAUCCUACCUGCUACUACACGCUUCACGCCCACGCACAAAUUCAUCUCUAUGCUGCAUGACCGCGGCAAACUACUGACCAAUUACUCGCAAAACAUUGAUAAUCUGGAAAUAGCCGCCGGCAUCCCCAAGGACAAACUUGUCCAGUGCCACGGAUCUUUUGGUACUGCAUCCUGCAUCGACUGCAAAUACCAGGUUCCCGGUGAGACGAUACACCCGGAUAUUCGGGCUGGUGUUAUUCCCAAGUGUCCCCGGUGCGCUGCGCCGGUGGCCAAGAAGCCAGCGCCGAAGCGAAAGGCCAAAAAGUCGAAAUGGAGCGACGAUACAUCUGACGAGUCUGAAGAAGAGGUCUCCAAAGAUGGCCUUAUGAAGCCGGACAUUACCUUUUUCGGUGAGGAGCUUCCGGACGAGUUCGGGCGGCGUCUGACAGAACAUGAUCGCGACAAGGUCGAUCUUGUGAUUAUCAUUGGCACGUCGCUCAAGGUUACGCCUGUUUCGGAGAUUGUCAACUUCUUGCCACCGGAGAUUCCGCAGCUGUAUAUUUCUAGAGAGGCUAUUACUCAUACUCGCUUCGAUAUCAAUCUGCUGGGAGACUGUGAUGUCGUUGUUGCCGAACUGUGCAGUCGUCUCGGCUGGCCACUGGUUCAUGAUAUGGUUCCCAAGGACCAAGUCGUAACUGUGAGGUUGCAGGAAGGAUAUGUGAGUCGGCAUGUCUUUGAAGUUAAAAAGGAAGAGGUGAGCAAGGGGGAGACCAAGGAGGAAGACAAGGAGAACGCCUAGAUUAAUAGAGGAGGAAAGCACCGGUGUAUUAUUUUGCAUUACACAUGGUAUGUUUUGUUGGCGAAUCGGGUAAGAUGGCAUUUUAGUCUUUUAUUAAUGGUAAAUGCUUUUUAAGUCAUUACGUGCUCAUAUCUGUCUAUAUCAUGCGCGACUAAUGCUGAGAGAAAAAAAAAAGAAGGCAUUAUACAAUAUGGUAGUAAACAGGGCACUUAGAUGAGACUUUGGUACUUGUCCAAGCCUGAGCCUGCUGGCUUCUGCUGCUGCUGCUGGCUAGCCAUAGAUAAUGUGCUUUGUUUGCUCAUGGCCAUUCCUGCGUUCAUACUGUUACUGAUAUUUCGCAUACCCAUUGAGUUACUGGUGUUCGAGUUGUUGGCCCACGCCGAUACACUCGAUUGCGCAGGCGGAGGUUGGAUGCCAAAGCCAGACAUGCCCGAGUAGAUGGGCUGCGAGGAUCCUGCUCCAGGUGGUGGAGGAAGAGAAAAGGACGAGCCGCGUGAUGAGCUUGUUUGUCCACCGAGAGAAGGGCGCUGCUGGCCCAUCGACAUGCUCGCCAUGGACGAAUUCAUGCUCAUGGUGUUGCUACUUGAAGAAUAGUUUGGAGUAGACUGUACCCAGGGAUUGGGCGGGCUUGUGUUCGCUGUGGUGGACCAGUUAAUGGAGGACGAGGAUUGUGUAGCUUGAUGAGCAGCUGGUGGCGAGAAGCCAUUGCUGGUAGAGGGCUGGAGAGGCUGACUGAACUGCGUCGAGGACGGCGCCAUGGGCUCAAAGCGGUUCAAGUCGGGCGUCACGGUUCGGAAUCCGGCGCUGGCUUGACUGGUGGGUGUCAUUGACGGUGUUGAUUUAGUUGACCACGAGAAAGUAGCAGCUUGCGGUGUUGCUGGACUGGGUUGCGACAUGCUAGGUGUCGUUGCAGGAGCUGGGUCAUCCCAGCUAGACUGCCCGUUGCUAACACCACCACCACCUCCUGCACGACCCUUGACAAGAGCUUCAAAGUCGUCCGCAGUAGCACCACCACUGCCACUAUCGAAAGUAGUGCCAGUGACGCCACCGAAAGCAAGGAAGUCCUCGGCUGGAGCAGCAGUGCCAGGAUUGCUAGUACCAGAGAGCUCCUGGAGCUUCUUGGUCUGCUCAUCUUCCACACGGCGAGAUAGGGAUUUGAUGAGAUCCAUGAAUUGCUGAAACUGCUUUAGAUCGAGCAGUGGACCUAAACUCAUGCUCCAGAGAAUGGGAAGGAUUUCCAUGGCAACAAAGUCCGCGUCCGCAAUCUGUCCAACGAUGCGGAUGACGUUGAGUGCAGCAAUCAUGACGGCUGGCUCUUUUGUUUUAAUCACCUUGAUUAGAGGAAUUAUCUUUUCCUGCAUGGUGUAUUUGUCCAGUGCAGAAGCUGAAGUCUUCUUCUCCUGGCUCAAGCCGCUUAAUCCGUCAUCUCCAGCUGCAUCUGGCGAACCGCCGCAGAGAAUCACAAAGGACUGCAGUCCUCUAACUUUGAUGGCUAAGCUAGUCGUCUUGCUGAAUACUUGCGCAACGACUGGGAAGAGCUCAUUCUUGAUAGUGCUAAAGUCUAGUGUCGGCAGAACAACAGGGAGCGUACGCAGAGCAGCGUCGACAAUGGAGUGAGUAGGGCAUUCAAUCGCAGCAAUUACCACAGGGAGGA